CUUAGUGCUAUGAACUUUCCUCUCAGUACUGCUUUCAGAGUGUCGCAUAAGUUUGGGUCAACACCAUGGUGCAUGAUCAAGUAUUCAUUUCAGGCUUCAUAUUACUACUCCUCGAAAUUCCAACAAGUCCUUCAACAAGUCCCACAACUACAAGAAGACCCACAACAACAGGAAGUCCAGCAACAGGAAAACACACAACAAGAAUACUCAAAACAAGAAUACUCACAGCUACAAAAAGGUCCACAACUACAGUGAAUUCCACAAGUGUGUCAAUGAGACCCACUCAUGAACCAGCAUCACCCAGAGUCUCCACCUUGACUCCUACAACACCAGUACAUAUGAAAACUUAUACACCAGAUUGGAAUAACACUGUGACUUCCUGGAACGACUCUUGGAAUAAUUACACUGAAUCGAUCCCUUCACUAAAUCCAUCAGAGAAAAUGACUAAGGACUUGGCUCUUGGAAUCCCCAUUGCUGCCAUGAUUCUGGUGCUGGUUGUUGGUGCACGGGCUGUCAUGGGUUGUUAGCAGUUGGAGAACCUUGGUGAAGACAAUGUCUACAUAAUUGAAUGUAGUCCUUUCUCUGCAUCAUGAGUACCAGUGGCCCUCUGAGGGAAAUUCCGCCUGAGACUGAAAAGACACCAUCAGCAUUGGACACCACAAACAACCAUUACAAGUCCAGAAUUAUUUUCUGUGUCUACUCAUCCAGCAUUAGUGGAAAGGGUGACCUCCAGUAUCAUCCUAUUUCUUGCA